UCCCAGGUACCCCUUGCGGUUUCCCGUUAUUUGGAAUUCCGUGACCGCAACUCCUUCCGGUUUCCAAGUGUUACCUAGCAGCCUUAUUUAACCGUGGAUGAAUGUGUUCCAGUUUGAGUCAUGGGUGAAACUGGCGGGCGCGACGUUCCGAAAAGGGAAAGCGAAGGUUAACUUACUCCUAAGCCGAACGGUACCGCUCAGCUGUGCGAAAAGCCAACUGGAGUUUGCGGCGUCUUUACAAUAUAGCUGUUCUGUCGGUACCGACGGCUAAUGACAAAACGGCUUUCGCGUUAGCUAACGUCUAAGGUGUCAGAGGACGAAAAACCAGCGAAGACGAGACCUGUGAUGUACUGUGAAGUAUAAUAAUUGCCAAAAGUGUAGGUUCGUAGUUAAAACAGUAGUACUGUCUAGAUAGUACCGUGACUGAGACCCCCCCGUGGAGAAGCUAACAUUAGUCAGCUAGCCGAAUGAAAACUUUGGCGGAAGAGGACGCCGGGACCUUCGACUCUUGCAAAGUUUGACGUGACAUGAGCGGAGGAUCGGACUCGGCGUGCUGAAAAUCAGGGAAAAUCUCUUUUUAAAUAGUCUGGAGAAAAGACGCCCGAUUCACGUCGGUAAAGAUGAUAUAUCCUUUAAGUUAAGGCUUCAUAAUGUAGCUAGUCUAGCCACCAAGUUUGGUCGGGCAACGUUUAGUAUUCCAGUAGUUUCUCUAUCGGUCAUCCUAAUUGCAAUUUUUAAAGUACACACAUGUUAUUUGGCUGGAAUUGGUAAAGGUUUUUUUCUAUAUGGCGUUAAUUGGCUGAUUUGGUGUGUUUUAUUAACAGUGCUUAGCUAGUUAGCGGCGGGGCAGUAAGUCUUAAUCUGAACGUUACCAUGAAUUAGAAUUUUUUUGUGCUUAACCUUCUAUUUCCCAAAACAAGAACUAGUUUGAUUUCAAUUGAUGAUAAUGGUAAUCUAGCAAGCGAAGUUGCAUUUGAUUACAAAUACUACUAAAGACAUCUCUGCUCUUAAAAGGGAACCGACAAUCUUCCCGUCUUGUCCUGGGAAAAAAUCUUUUGUCUCGUACAGCUUUUUCCACAUUUUUCUUGAAAUUGUAAACCAGACGUCUUUACUUUACUUUAUACAUUUCUGGUGUAUUUUUUGCGAACAGUUGCUGUUUCGCAGACUCGUGCCAUUCUAAAUCAUUGUAGGUGUUUCUUUUUUUUGUCUCGGUGUUGCAGUCGUUGCCACAGACAGCAAGGAGUGGAUAAAUAGGCCUGACGCCAUUAAUGUCGUGGUUGCCGGAGGGCUCAGUGAUUUAACACACCUGUUGUGCCCUUCCCGCUUUAGGCGUGUCAUCUGCGCACCUCGAUCGCAGUUCUUCAUGUUGCAUUCGUGGCAUCCUGUGCUCCUUGUUUUCGAAUAAAUAUCCACGCAAAGAGAGUAGCUUUCAACACUAAAUUUUAAGGAUAGUCAUAGACUUUUUUUAAAAAAAUUCUAAAUUAAGACAAAUUUUGCCAAGUCUCCGUUUAAAUACCAUUAAAUAAUUUAAAUUCUUUUAAAAAUAGAGUGAGCAAAUAAGCAUGUCAGCUGUUGUAGGACGAGUCUGGGGGUGGGUUAGCCCCGCCCUGUCUUAUCGUCCCUGGGGCAGCAAGCCUGUGAAAGAGGAGGAACAAACUAGAGGCAGAUGGGGUGGAAUGCGCACCUGGUUGUGGCCAGACAAGAAACAAGAAAGUGACCAAAAGGAGUUUGCCAAACAUUGCUGGGAGGAGAGAGAGAAGGUCCAACCCAUGGAAAUUGAAGAGCUAAGAGCUGGAAGGCUAGAGCUGGAACCAAAAUCGCAGAGCGCCCCCAGAUGGUGGAGUUGGAUCCUGCCUUCGACAUUCUUAUUCUGGCCGAGACUAACUGAAACGAGAGAGAGAGAAGUACUAAAAUACGAGGAAUGGAACGAGGGAGCGUGGGAUCCGGACCAAGAUGCGGGCGAGUCGGACUACGGGACCCCACCUCCUUCUCCCACACCUCUGUCACAGCCUCUGUCUCCCUUUCGCUACUUCGCACAUUCCUGGAAGGUGGAGGUCUUGCCUGAGCACUAUGAGAUCUGCUUCAACUUCCUGCGGCACCUGUUUGACCUCUUCGUCGUUGGCUUCCUCUGGACUGUUUCCCCUCCGGUCAGGGUCGUCCUAGAUGUUCUGGGUGUCCAGGGUGCGCUGAAGCUCUGGAUACACGGCAUGGCGAUGUUCUUCGUCUCCACUGUGGGAAUGGCUGGACUCCUGUGGCUCAUCCAGGAGUACCUGCCCCAGUUUGCUCUGGUGUAUGGCAUACUCCAGGUACUAGUCAUCUCUGUCAGCGUCCACCAGAGCACGGUAUCGGGGGAUGGGAAGGAGGCUGAGAGCAAUGAGGAGAGGAAAGUGGAUGGAGAAGGAGAACCUGUGCAAGCUAUGGAGGAGUGCAACAAAAAGACUGCAGCCUAAAAAUGGGCGUGGAACAGUGAGGUUUUCGGUGGUUUAUUCAGUUGACCUGAAGGAUCAUCACCGGCACUAAUGAAACUUGACUUUUCACGUUUCUCCAGAAGAGAAGUACGGGGAACUGAUCUUCUGAAAGAACAACUGUUUCCCCCUUGUAUUUAUUUCUGUCCUGUGAACAAACAGUAUCCUCUUGCAGCAACAAUACCACUAUAGCUAAGCACAACGUAUGUAUACAAGACUCGACGUGUGCAGUUUGAAAUGAUGACACUAAUAAUUGGGCCUGGAGGGACUUCUGAAAUCGACACUGGGCCGUGAUGCUGCCUCCACCACUGAGGUUAGGAUGAUAGUUUGUCGUUACAGACUACAUUUCAGAGAAUUCUACAAACAAAUUUGUUUAAAAACAACGUGAGCUUUGUUUGUGUGUAUGGAAGAAAAAACUACUCCAUAUCAUUUGACAGGUCAAUGAGGUUGAGAAAAAUGUCACAGACCAUGCUUGUGAGAGCUCCUGUUUGCUGACUGUUUAAGUUUUUAACUCCACUCCUAGCCAUCACUGUGAAACAUAAUGCCAUGUUUUGCGUAUUAACCCCCUCGGCCAGGGGGUCAGGCAUGGAGCCAUACCAAUCCGGCUGACUGCUGUGUUGUGGUUUAUAAUGUUGCGAGUUUUAUAACGUAAUGGGGACACUGUUGCACUUGGCAUCAUAUAGCUCUAUUAAGGGGAUUUUUGUGAACCAGUACCAGUAGCACCUAAUGUCCGACAUUAUUACUCUUUGUAUGUAUGAAGAAAUAUCUCAGAAUUAAGUGUUACAUUUUCCGUUGGUUUGAUAUGACAUUGAAAACCACUUGCUUUUUUUGAAUGACCCCAACUUUCACUACAUGUUCUUCUUAGUUUUAUAUCCAUGUGCAAAUGAACGGCAUUUUUACAUAUCCGUUGUGUGUCUUAAGAUGCCCAUUCAUUGCAUGUUUAGAUCUGCCUUCCUUUGUGUGAAUUUAUUCAACGAUAGACUAAUAUGCUUCACUGUAAUGCAGUAUAAAAUAUAUUAUAUGAAAAA